AUAUAGAUAACAUCUCUUAUACAUGAUUACGAAUUUCUGGUAUGCAUGUUAGUCACGGAAAAGCUAUCGGCGAUGGAUAUGUCAUCUCGGAAUAAACGCUUCAUUUAUUGCUCGGCGCGGCAGUAAUUCGAAAAUAAAAAUAAUGAAAAUCCAGCAUAAAGUUUGAGAAGUGUAUAGGAGUUACGGGAAAGUAGGUGACCUACCCCCUUCCCCAUCUGACAGAAGUGGGAAAAUCAAUAAAGUGCGGCGCGGGAGGAGAGUCGAGGAAACGGGAAGCGCGGCUCCCGCGCUUUCUAGGUUAUGUCGCCCGUAUUUCGACACCCGCGUCAUACGGGUGGCCCGUGCGUGCUAUUUUCGUUGCGGCGAAGGAGUGUUUAUUCUUGCCAGUCGUCAUAGGCGCCGCGCGUUACGCAUUAUAAUGUGUCGGAGAACGACGGCGAGCCUUGACGAGAGCGCCGUGAGAUAGUAGACAAAAAUGGGCAGAAGAAAGGCUCACGCAAAAGGUAAACAACACGGUCCAUCAUCGCAGCAGAAGCACAUAUCCGCGGCGAAGAGGAACGAGCUCAAUGCCUUGUGCGAGAAACUCUUUCAUCUAAGCAGCAAUCCAGCGUACGUGACACAAUUAUGGAACAACUACUUGGAUAUAUCGGAAGUUCUGCUGAAGGUUAAACGUCUGGAGGAGAUGAAGACAGAAUCGUCCCAGCGAUCCCAGGGGAUUGGACAAUUUAUGAAUUGGCUCACAGAAAAUGGGGCACACGUGGACGGCGUGAGCAUCGCCGAAUUUCCAGGAUACGAUCUGGGAUUGAAAGCGGAGACUGACUUUGCUGAGAAUCAGUUGAUGCUAGAAAUACCGAGGGCUAUCAUCUUCAGCACGUACACCGCAGCACCGGAACUGACAGUUCUGCAAAAUGAUCCACUAGUACAGCAUAUGCCACAAGUGGCAUUGGCGAUAGCGCUUCUCAUAGAGAGGCACAAGGAGAACUCCAAGUGGGAAUGUUACCUGGAUAUGCUUCCUAGCGGUUAUAACACAGUUUUAUACAUGAAAGCCAAUGAUAUGAUUGAGCUCAAAGGCAGUCCCACAUUAGAAGCUGCAUUGAAGCAAUGUCGAAAUAUCGCAAGGCAGUAUUCCUACUUUAACAGAGUGUUUCAAAAUAACAAUAACGCCGUUUCAGCGAUACUCAGGGAUGUUUUCACCUAUGAAAAAUACUGUUGGGCAGUUUCAACAGUAAUGACGCGACAGAACUUAAUUCCGAGCCCAGACGGCUCGCGCAUGAUUCACGCCUUAAUCCCGAUGUGGGAUAUGUGCAAUCACGAGAACGGCAGGAUUACAACAGAUUUCAACGCGACAUCGGAUCACUGCGAGUGCUACGCGUUGAGGGACUUCAAAAAAGGGGAGCAAGUAUUCAUAAGUUAUGGCCCAAGGACAAAUUCCGAUUUUUUCGUGCAUUCGGGCUUUGUCUACAUGAAUAAUAAACAAGACGGUUUUAAACUUCGUCUUGGCAUUAGUAAAGCAGAUUCCCUUCAGAAGGAGCGAAUAGAGCUAUUGAGCAAAUUGGGUUUGCCAUCAGUAGGGGAAUUUUUGCUAAAGCCGGGAACAGAGCCCAUUUCCGAUACGUUAUUGGCUUUCCUGCGAGUGUUCAGUAUGCGAAAGGCCGAGCUCGCACAUUGGUUACGCUCGGACAAGGUCUUCGACCUGAAGCACAUGGAUUGUGCGUUGGAGACGGUCGUUGAAGAGAAUGUCAGAAAAUUUCUGCUGACUAGGCUGCAACUUUUAAUCGCUAAUUAUCCGACGACAUUGAAGGAGGAUCUAGAGUUACUGGAGACCACAUUGCCGCAGAUAAAAAAAAUGGCCGUUCAAUUGAGGGUCACGGAGAAAAGGAUACUUCUAGGCGCGUUAGAAUACGUAGAGCAGUGGAUAAAGGCUUGAAUCGAUUACGUUUCGGCCAGGAAAUAUAUACUUAUAUAGUUACGAAUUAAAAGCAUCUCAAGAGAAAUCAAUUUUAUUUUUACAAUAUUUCUGAACGACGAUUUCGAGUAUAAAAGUAAAAUAUAAAAGCGGACGAAUUAUAUACGUAAUAAAAAGCGUAAUAUAUAUCUAUUGCCUAUAUAUAAUACAUAAAAUUGCUCGACGUGUAUGCGCAUAUUAAUUGUAAGAGAGAGACAUAUUGUAAAAUACUGAGAACUAUAUGAACAAUCAACGAUUAUGUGUACAUCUACAUAAGUGAUAUACAAUAUAAUUGUACAAUAAUUGCGUGUUCAGUAAAAAUAUCUUAAUUCUUGUUUUCUUGUGAGAUGGAAACUUUCAAGCAUUUGGCUUUUCUUCCCUCACACAUAUUUACUCUCUCAAAUUGCAACAAAUCAAACCUUAAUCAAGUGAUACUAAUCUAUGAUUACAAGAAUUUGAUAUUUUACUCUUGCGCUGCUUUGAUAUACAUAUAAUAUAAAGAAAAAAAAAGUGAUAUCUACAAAAGAGAAUCUUGAUAAUGAACAUUUAUUUUUCAAAACGAAUACAUAACAGCUGCAAUUCUUGAUGUGAAUCAUGAUACUAUAGGCCUACAUUAGAUUUACGUACGCUGCAAAAUAUUUCCUGACGCACGAGUGAAUUUUAACGACCCGCGUAAAUACGACCCUGCGAGGUGUUUUCGAGUAUUUAUUAUAUGUUAUAAAAAUGUCAAUCAAUGUGUUUAGUCCGGUGUUGUCAUGUUACUGCGUAAAUCAUUGUGAGCAUAGAAUUCUCAAAGAGAAGUACCAAACUUCACGAAUUAAAAUUAACAAUAUUAAUAUUGUAGCGAGAUGCUAUAAUCAGGCUACAGCAGGACUGAUAGCUCGCGAAAUAUAUCGCUUUUUUAAAUAUAUUCCAACAUAAUCAUGAAAAAAGAUGUUACAUAAACAUAUAUAAACGAGGUCUGUAAAUAAAGUAAUAAGACUUUUUCGAGAUGAACUUUUAUUUAUAAUUUAACUAUAAUUUAACUCUGUCUCCUUCAAAAUAGUUCUCUUGGGAAGCCACUCAGCGCCUGAGACGUUGUUUCCAGUUUUCAUAGCAGUGCUGGAACUCAGAAACCCGAAUGGCCUUCAGCUCGGUUAUAGGCGCUUUUACGUUUUCGGUCGUAUCAAAGUGUCCUUUGAGAUGGGUUUUCAAUGUCGGGAAGAAAAUGAAGUCACAGGGACUCAGGUCAGGCGAAUACGGGGGCUAGGGGACGACAGAAAUGUUUUUCCGUGCUAAAAACUCGGUAAUCGAAAACACGGAAAAACAUUUCUGUCGUCCCCUAGCCCCCGUAUUCGCCUGACCUGAGUCCCUGUGACUUCUUUCUCUUCCCAAGAUUUAAAACUCAUCUCAAAGGACAUCACUUUGAUACGACCGAAAACGUAAAAGCGGCUGUA